AUGGUGCAUUACGCAAGCUUUACCUGUCGUUUUGGUGCCUUCUUCUUUGUGGUACUCCAUUUCUGGCCGGGCUGGUCCCAAAUCCAGCCCUACCCUGGCAUGCAGCAAUCUCAUGAUCUUCGAGAGAUGCGGGGUAGAGACCCGAGGGUUUGGUCUGACUCCACUGUCGACCUGGGAGCUCGUUCUCGGGCAAAACAUUCUGGAAAGGACACCAAAGCCGACGACAACAUGCAGGCGAAAUUUACGUGGAUCCGCAAGCGUGCUUUUAGGCGUGCUUGCCGACGUGCAACACAGAAUGGCAGGGGUGGUACCAUGUAUCGGGGCCAUUGGAUGACGACAGAGGCCUUGUUGGGUCAGCGCCUGUCGACAGUAAGUGACCCAGCCCCGCGCGCUUCGGUGACUUCAAAUAGGCCUUUGAACCUGCGCCAAGUACCGCGGCUACGUGUACGCACGUACAACCUAGGUGGGGUCAACACUGCUGUCUACGACACUCUCUGUGCCUGGUUACGGACUCAACCUGAACUGGACAUUCUCUUUCUACAAGAGAUCCACUUUGGAUUUGGUCGCGAGGAGGCGACGUGGGUCAUCCCAGGGUGGCUCUUUAUAGUAGCUCCCGACUCGUCUUCCAGGUACAGCGGGGUGGGAAUGGUGAUUUCAACUCGAAUCGCAUCUCCGCAGACUGUGUCGUUUUGCACGUGGGCUCCAGGGCGCAUCUUACAGGCGCGCUGUCAGGGCUCGCGUGUCAAUCUCGAUCUCUUUUCGGUGUAUCAAUGGGUGCGCAAGGACUCUUCGGACGAAGUACAGUCUGGGAAACGCUCGGAUCUUUGGCAUCAGCUGAGCAGGGCCCUUGGCAACGUGCCGAGACGCAACUUGCUGGUUGUUGGUGGCGAUCUGAAUUCUUCUGUGGUUUCGAGCCCUGGCUUGAUUGGCAGAGGUUUGCUUAAAGAUCAUGAAAAGCGUUCUGAUCCGGAGCUCAUCAGUAUGAUUGAAGAGCAUCAGUUGAACGGUAGCGUAGCUACGCAGAUUGAUUUCGUUGCAGUACGUAAAGGGGCUGCGGAUAGGAUUGCCAAGCAAGCCUGCACAGCCAAUAUCCCCUUUGUGGCCGGAUGGAUGCUUAAGCGCAGCGCGCUCCGGGUGGGCGAAUGCAGCAGGUCUUUGCAGGAGCGCAUAGCCUGUGCAGAUCGCGCGGCCUCGCGCCAUGAUCUUCGUGAAGUCUUCAGUAUCAUUCAGCAAAUUGCACCGAAGAGGACCUUCGCCAUGACCGCCAUGCAAGAGGAUCCGGAUCUAAUGCAAGCCCUGGCAGCACGGCAGCAGCUGGAGGAAGUGUGGCAGGGACAAGAUGCCAAAAGGCUGCAGAAGGAGGAGGAACGGCCCGAGAACUCUCUCCCUGCCAAGUUCCACAGGGGCCAGACCAAGGGGCAGAACACCAGCGGCAAGGGCAGUUGGGAUGCCUGGAACCAGGGCCACUGGGGAGACGGCGACAAGACCUCCACUCCGGACUACGGGACCCAGGCCUUGAUUCGGUCAAUGACCAAGCUUGUGCUGAGGCAGGAGGAGGAACUCGGUCGCCUUCGCAUCGAUACCUCCUGGAUGUUUUUCCUCGACAAUCAGCCCGACGGACUGGUUCCUGUUCUCCAACGAACGGCGGAACAGUGGCAGCAGCAGUACGAGGCGCAAAAAGUGGAUACCAGUCUGAGGGUGAUCUUGUUCCUUGCUAUGAUCAAGGAGGUGGCGAGUCGCCUUGGGGGCUUCCUCGAUCAGGAGGCUCACAUGACACGGGCAGUGAAUGUGGGAUGGGCCUCGCCGGGAGCCACGGCCUUGAGCCCCAUGUGGCACUACCAGCAGUGGAACCCCGAAACGAGGCAGGUGGAGGCGGGCUCCCCGAACACCAUCACCAGAUUCAAGGCCGCGCGCCGGCUCGAGGGCGAUCACGCGGCGGCUGUGGUACCCUUCAUGCUUUCUUUAAGCCUGCGAAGCGAGUCAGCAGCUCUGUGCCAUGCGGCGCUGGUGGCUCUCGACAACAAUGCCAGCAUGAAGUACGCGGCUCUUCGGCUGAGACCGGAGCGAGGAGCCAGAUCAGCCCUGGCCAAGGAAGUCGAGGAGAACUACCUCCAGUUGAGCUACACAGACUGGCAGCGCCGUUCGCGUCAAUGGCAGAAGCUGACACUGCCAGAGUCGAUUUAUUAUGAUGCGCAGGAGGGUUGGCUUUUGUGGGAUGGGCUUUGUCAAGCGCUGCAGAUGCAUGGCCGGACCAUGCCACCGGCUCUGUCUGUGUCGGGGCGCAAUGAUCUUCUGGCCUUUGCGAGACAGGAGCUUCCGGAGGAAGCAUAUAUGCAGCUGGUCACGUACGCGGACGAGCUCAGUCGCUCGUUGCCGAGUACGCGUGAUAUUGGCUUCCCGCCACAGAUUGCGGAUGUGGAGCAUAGUAGGCAUCCAGCUGAGGAGUUGGCGUGGGCUCUGCUUGAUGAAGGCAGAGGCUCUUUGUGGCAUGCCAUCCGAGCCAUUGCGACGCUGCUGCCUUUUGACCGUUGUGCACGGCGCUCCGCAUCCUCGCCACAUAUGGCGUUUGCAGCUGGGGCGUACGGGCAUCACGGUUACGUUGGCAUGCACCAUCAUACGCAGUUGAUGCCGCGAGUCUGCAGGUUGUUCAACCGUUUCAUCCUCAGCAUUUGCCCUGACCAUCGCUGGACCAGCUUUCAGGUUUUGUGUGAUAGUCUGCUGGAUGUGCACAUUGACUCCCAGAAUGCCAGACUGGAUAGUUUCAUGAUUGGUAUUUCGUACUUCAGUGAGGGUGCUGUCUGGGUGCAAGACUCACAAGGCCUUGACUUUGAGGACGUACGAGGUGCUGUCGUGACAACUAUGGUGCGCUGGGUGGACGACCCAGCUGAGCGCUCGGGACAGGGGGCUGUCAACUUGAGUUUUGUGGACCUGGCCACCGACACUGCUGCUCUCUUUGUGCAGCCAGUCUAG